AAAGUUCACACCACCAUCUCAGAAGUACAAAACACGACUUCAGUGCUGAAGGAACAAACGUGUGGAACAUGGAUAAAUUUAAAACGGUGCUUAAUAUUGCACAAAAACAGCAGACGACCCUGGGGUUCGGUCUGGUGGCACUGCUAACGGCGGGGGGAGAGCAGAUUUUUUCGGCAGUUGUAUUCAGGUGUCCUUGUAGCUCGUGGAACUUUGCCUACGGUACCGUGUUUCUGCUAGCGCCAGCUCUGGUGCUGCUGGUUUUGGGGUACAUUCUUAGCAAUAAGACCUGGAAAAUGUUUACAGGUCUGUGCUUGCGUAAACCCACCCCAGUACGUUUGAAGCACAUUUGUGUCUUUUUAAAAGUGUUUUUGCAAAUCACCACCACUGCGAUGGUCGCUCCCAUUAGCUGGAUAGCGGUGGCACUUCUAAAUGGCAAUUAUUUUGAGUGUGCCAGGACUGGCUUAAAUGUUACUCUAUUCAAAGAUCAUCUGUGUUUCGGCAAAGUACCAGAGUGUCGGAGCGAGCUCUACAGGUUUCCAUGUGGAAAGUCCGCUGUCCCCCAAACUGAGAGAGAGGAUGUCCUGGCGAUAAUACGCGCUGAGUCGCAGGUUUUGGGCUGGUUGCUGAUUGCCUCCAUAAUGACAGCAGCGCUGCUGUUAACGUGUGUGGCCAGGUGUCGUUCCCCAAUCAGCUACGUGCAGCUGAAGUUCUGGCAGGUGUACGCUCAGAAAGAGAGCGACCUGUUGGACAGGUACGCGGCCGAGCAUGCCCAAAAGCUCGCGGAAAGGAACCUGACCAGCUUCUUCCAGCAGACGCCCCCCGAGCCCAUUGUCACACCUGACAGGAAGGCGUGGGAAAAGGUUUCAUCCUUCUUUCGCUUUGCCAGGAAGAAUCAGCACUACAGUAUCCUGCACAAAUAUGUGGAGACUGACCUCAACCCUACUGGUGCACACAGAGCCUCUGUCGUGUCGGAUGGAGGGGACUUCACCAACCCAACCGUGCUCAGCUUUGUGGAUGAGGGAAGGGUAAUCUUGUAAUAAUGAUCCUGGGAUCCUUGUACUAGAAAUGAAAAAAUGAAGCAUCCACAAAUGCAGAGCUACUGUGUGCUAUCACUGAUCCCACUGAACGAAUCAGUGUUCUGCCUUUGUGGUCUGAAGUGCACAGACUUAGUUGGUUUAUAUGUGGUAGUGACUGACAGCGCAUGGUAGCUGGUCCAAUUAUGAAAGGGGUAAAAUCGUGGUGCAGGAUUUGAUUCUUGAUUGUGGAGUACAUCUUGUCACAAGCUUCCUUAUUACCAUCAUCAUCAUCAUCAUCACUGUUAUUGUUCCCUAGUCUCGAGUCUCUUUAUCUCGAGUCUCUAGAGCAGGAGUUUGUGACCCUGAUCCCAGCACUCAUGAAUAUUCUGUUAACUGAACUGACUAAUCCUUAAUUACAUUAGCCCAUUCAUGAAACAUCUCUGGAGCUCCAGAGCUAGUGCUGCCAACCACUUAGUUUAGUUUCUCUGUAGUAAACCCGCGCAAGAUUAGACACAUGGACUAUGGGAGGGCAGGCCACUCCUAUCCUGUAACAGGGAGUAAUGGACUCUGAGAUUAUUCUUAAUGGUGCUUAUGUGCUUUGGCCAGAUAGUCUAUUGAUUUUUUUCAUCCAUGGUGGUGCCUAUACUGUCUGUGUUCCAGCUUCUGUGUCUCAGCUUAUUCCUCAUAGACAUCAUGUCUGUGGCCAUAGCAAUUUAGUUUUAAUGAACUGCGCUUUCUCCUUUGGAAAUUAUUUUGUGUGAGAUUUAUGCGCUUCGUGUCUUUUUCAUGUUCAAAGGUAUAUACAAAGAUGAAUUGAACAAUAUAACAAACACAACAUGGAAAUAAUGUGAAAAAAAGCCAGUUCCUGUUUUUCACUUCCUUCUGCAGCAUGUUCAGUAAAUACUUUGCCUUAAGCCUUUCUUUCAUAUUAAAAUGGCAUACUUCUCUCUGUACUUCUGAAUUCUGUUGUUCUUUAUUUCAAACAGAUACAACAUUUAGCAGUGUCACAAUAUAUUUUAGUGUUAAUCAGAAAAUUCAAAUAGUAUUUUGACAUUGGUUCUAGGUUCAUAUGCAGUUUUGUGUGAAAAUGAAAUUGAAAGUGGCUGAUAGAUUGUAAAAUAUUCAGUGUUAAAUCAGCUCUUACAGAGGACAUAUAUGGUCUCUACUGGACUCAAGUACAUUGUUAGAGUUGAAAUAAGACUGGACAUUUUACUGUGUUUGUUGAGCAGAAAAUGCAAACACCUCUGCACUUCCUGUGACAAAAAUGAAAGUCCUUGGGCAGACACACCCAUAUUCUCUUUUUUACAAUGCAUCAGUGACUGCAGCAAAUGUUCUGUAUUUUGCAUGAAUUUUAGUAUGUUAAUGCUUGAGAUAUACCUGAAAUUUUAACGGCUUUCCUGGCACAGACAAUUUCAUAGCUAUUCACUGUACAAAGGCUGUUUUACAUUUGAGUGCCACUUAAAUCUGUAUGCUCUUUUCUCUGUUGUAUUCUUGCCAAAAUGAUGCCGUUUCAAGGCUCACAAAAAAUAAACUACUUCCGUUUCACACGUGUAAACAACUAACUGAAACGCUUAAAGCCACAUCCUGUCUGAAAGGAGACUGCCUGAGAGAACAAAGCUCUCUCUUUUUCCUGUGGCAUAGCGCACAUUCUCCUCAUCCCUAUACUAAUGUGUGUGUGUCAGCCUUAUCUUGUUAUUCAACUCUUUUAGUUUCACAAUUAUAUUAAACAUGCCAUUUAAAGUAUUUUAUACAUUUUGAAAUUCCUCCACAUUCAUGUGAAAUUGCAUAUACUGUGCCAUGUACUGAUACCGCAUUGUUUUCUGUGUUUGUGUGUGUGCUUUUGUGUGAGUGCUCGUUCGCAGUAAAUACGGGCCAGUGGAAUUUUUUUCAUCAUGUGAAUCUAAUCCCAGAGUGAAACGCCUUUCUGUGUUUAUAAUAGAAUCAAUACGAUAACUCAAUGAGUGUGUAUAAACUAACUCCAAUAAAAGUAUUUGUGUUAGUAUCCA